GAGUUUGUGUAAGCAAUGAACAUGGAAGUAACAAGUUGUUACGAGCACUAGAUGAUCAUAAAAGUGAGAGGACUGGUGGCGGUCUUUCUGCUGUACUGGGAGAGGCAAACAUCCGUUCCACUUUAGCCAGCGAUAACCUUUGACCUCAGCAUGGCGGAUAAUGUGGGCCAAUGAGUGUCACUUAAAAGAUAAAGUGAAGAAGGGGAUGUUCCUCCCGAGUUUGUGUAUUAGUCACCAUGUCGCAUUGAUCGAAUGUCAUGGUCACCUUGAUAAGAAAGAAAAUAUUUAAAUAAUAAUCUGCGUAAACAUACUCUAUGAGUAUAGCUUAGCCAGUGAAACACCAUCCUACCAUCAUUUUGUAAAAAUAAUUACGACUUCAUCAUGUCUCGAUGAGCCGAUGACGUGCCGUCUCUAUAGCGACAACAGUGUUGACACCUGAUUGACCUCAUGGCAACGAAUGGUCUUCCUGGUCUGAUCGUACAACGGGUGUAGAAUUGGUGCAGAAACAUGGGUCUGAACCAGAGCAAGGAUGAAAGGCUUCGUGACGUUUGUCUCAUUCUGACUGAGCAACAGGCUGCGCACCUGGAUACAGGAGAUAUUAGAGCAAAGACCGGCGCUGAUGUAGCAUUGGGUCAUCACGCCUCACCUGGAUCAGGUAGAAGGCUUGUCAUCGUUUGGGGUUAUCAAAAACAGAUUGAGGCAGCAGCAGGUCUCAUCGAUCAGCAGACUAGUGCUCAGGUACAAACACAGCUAUUCUGGCUCCAGUGGGUUGAGGCCGCGUUCCCUGACCUCCACUCUCGCGCCUACUUCCUGCCUCCGGUCUACUUCAACCGCGUGCCCAUGUCUAGACAGUCAAUUGCUGGUGAGGAUGUUCUGGUUGUUCACUCAGCACCUGGACAGGCCGGUCAGUCAAGUGGACCAGCGACGACUUCAUCCACAACUGGAAAGAGUUGUCUCCCUCAACCUCCUCGAGUUCAGGACAGUGACACCAGAGAUGACGCAGCCAUGCAGCGGUUACUCUUCUGUCUGCAGAAAAUGACUGAACAGAAGGGAGAAGUGUUGGUUGAAAUGAGUAAUCUAAAGUUUGGACAGUACCUGGGGGAACCUUGUUACGCUGCUGCUGCUGCCCAGCUCCCCCUACCUGCCAACCUUCCUUCUGCUCGGCCACGAAACUGGAAACAUGGAGACUUUGAUGUGCUUCUUAUUCACCGACAUUACGGUCUUGUUAUCUGUGAGGUGAAGGCGUUUGGUGACAACAUACAGGCACUGAACAUGUCACAGCAGGAUAUAAACAAUAACAUUAGACAGAAACUGAGAGACGCCGUGUCACAGCUGGACAAGGCGGAGGCCAUGUUGUCUCACCUGGUGUCCGACAUCGCUCCCGGUCUGCGCAUCACUAAGACCAUCGCUUUCCCCAACCUCACGGCUAGUCAAGUACAACAGGCCAUCUCCGGCGACACCCAGCUAACUCAGAACCUGUGUCAGUGUCUCGGAGGAACAGAUGCCGCCGACAUCGCUGGUCUGUGUCUCUACUCUGAGGAGUUGUCCGACCCCAAGACCCCGUGGGACGUUAAUGAAGGGACGUUAAAGAAACUCGGAGAAUGGUGGACACGACGUGUGACUGUGUCUGGGCCUGACAGUCACAUGACUAGUCACGUGUACAAGACACUAGUAGCACGGUAAAGUAUACUGCGUUCAAUUAGACAGAAAAAGUAAACUAUUUAGAUGAAAUAUACGUUUGUUUGGUACCCUAUGUUUGUUUAUACCGCGAAAAUAUUUUUUGUUAAUUUCUAACGUUUGACCUAUUUCCAGAUUUGUGAAUUCUCUGUCGAAUAUAAUUACAGUCUUUCAUUUGAUUUUACUACAAGAAAAUAAACCAAUAACUGUUAAAAUUCACACCAAGUAAAUGUUUUACAAAUGGUCUUUAAGACGGGGUAUCACAAAUAGUUAUUUUUGUUGUAGAUUAAUAGAUAUAAUUUAAUGCCAGUCGAAAGUUCAUUCGUGGGUAUUCCCCGCUGUGUCUACAAAAACCAUCGCGUGCAUUCGCCCUCCCUUUGUCGCGAAAAAGAAUUAAUUGUGUGAAUUUGUUCACUGAGAAGUGAUUGGUUUCGUUCGCAUGGGGUGCACGAGUGUUCGCUGAACGUGUUUGACUGUGAUUGUGCCUGUGAGUGUGAAGUGAUUAGAGCCCGGGUACAUCACGCGACAAAUACACGUAUCUUGGGCUUGGGUUCUUUACAAAACUAAGUAUUGAUAAUGUAGUGAAUGAUAUGGCGAUUCAAUCGAAUAAGGGUGCCGGUGAAAUCUUGAGUACUAUGGGCAGGUUAAAAUGUAACUCUGCUAGCUUUUUAAAAAUUUAAUACUUAAUUGUAUUCAUGUUUUUGAAGGUUUCUGACAAUCUGGGGCUCUAUUAAAUGACUACUGUUAAGGAGAUCCUCCUUUUUUGUCUAAAAUAUUCUUGGGGUUUCAAUAAGAGCAUCCAGAAAAUUAAUGUAUGAAGAUAGAGGGAAGUUCCCUUUAAUAUAAUGUUUACAUCUAUACAUGUAAGAAACAUUGGUCACGGUUGCUGAGUUUUACGGCCCCACGGACUACAAAGAAAGCAGGCGAUAAGCUGCUCCUAAUGACCUCUACAGGUCAUGAAACAUGGGUGACCAUAAUACCAAAGGCUCUGUUCUCCAUGGACUUUGGCAAUGUCUGGAUAUUACAACAGGUGGACAGGGAGAACAUUUUUCUGAAGAAAUAUAGAGAAAGACUAAAUCAAAUUUUCUAUGAGUAGUAGGACACUAGUGUGGAAAAUACUUCUCAUUCAGCAGUACACAAGUGUGCAAAAUACUUCCCACUGAUGUAUAUGUUCGUUCUAAAAACUGCUUGCAGCGAGAAAAAUAUGUUUAUUGUUUAAAACAAAGUGUUUGUAUGAAUGGUUUAUGUUUAUUAUAGAACUGGAGUUUCAAAAAUAAAUUGCCAAUAGAACUAUUUUGCUCAGUUUGAGGAAGCACGCCAUUAAUUAUUUUGUCCAGAUGGCUAGGAGUAUGAAAUACAUUUUUUUGGACUUAAGAAAGAAGUGUA